GGCAUUCAAACUGCGCUUACUGCAGUCUUCAGCAGCUGACUGCAGUAACUUCUUUACUUGAUUUGUAUUUUUGUUUUUCUUCAAACGACUUUCUUCAAAUUCGUCAACAUUUCGGAGCCCAAGGAGCCUGAAACCCUUACAGAGAGCCUUCUUGGAGCAGAUUUUGUUCCGACUGAAAAGUUGGAGCUGAAAAAGCGGCAUGGUGCUAUCAUUGGGGACCUGACCCUGGAAGUGAGCAUCAUGAGGAAGUAUUACCGUCUCAUACUGUUAAUCUUCCUCUUCGUGAGCACAAUAUGCCUGCUCUUCUAUUGGCACGAGUACAACCGACUGCGCUACGUGCUUGAGGUGCUCAACUUCUUUGGCCAGCCCCCUGAAGUGUCCGUCACGUCCGACUGUCUGCUCAACACGUCGCUCUUUUCUGCUGAGAACGUCACCAUCCCUGACAACAUCACCCCUGUCUGGCACCGGCUCGGCAAUGAUCUCUUUGUAUUUUCCGCUUUCUGGGAAGUGAUUGGCAAAAAGGAGCACGUUAAGGUUAUUGGUGUGGCCAGAUAUGCUGCCACUCUGAAGCUCGGCUGCAGACUUUGGUACGAAGGUCAAGAAUUUUCGGCUGAAGGUCGCAUCAGUCACUCUGUCAUCAGCAUGAAGGUUAGUCAUGCCCUGGACGACCCUGACAAAGUCAAUCCCUACUUCAUCCUCUGCACUCCAGAGGUGACCCUGGAUGCACCCCCUUACGCCGUUGAGUUGUUUUCUGAAGACCAGCAACCGCGUCCAAGCCCCGUAAUCCUUCCCGUUCUCUCUCUGGACGCCAGUCAAGAGUCUUCGAGCAACGCCACAGUUGUCUGCGUUGCUCCCAGUGGUCGCAGAAUCACUCCAUCCGAGGUUGCAGAAUUUGUUUCCUUUCACCAGAUCCUCGGAGUGGGGCAGUAUGUGAUUUACGAUGACGGAUUGCUUACGCCAACAGCCCUGGAUAUCCUUAAAGACAAAAAUCUUGGCUACAAAGCUGCUCUCCUGCCCUGGAACUUCCCCUUUGCUGCACCUGAAGCAGCCUCAACUGUUUUGAAAUGGGACUGUCUUCUGCGGUCACUCAGCGUGCAUCCAGUGGGGGUCAUUCAGUUGCAGUGGAACCAACUGGCUGUACCUCGUUACCAUCACACACUAUCGGCAAUGAUACGGGACUUUGAUGCUCGGAUGUCAACUGCCCAGUUUGUCCUCACUGCUCUUCAUUUUUGCUUUGAAUACCCCGAGGAAAAAUCAGCAGUUCCAUUUAAAGCUCUCCGAAGAUUUUACCAUGCAGACCUGAAGAUCAAUGAAGAUCCGCAGUUGGUUCUGCAGAGACCUAGUCUGGUUGUUCAAGGACUGAAGACACAGCAGCGAAUUUCACCUGGAAUUAUUGCCAUCCACACCUACAAGCAGUGCAGCGAGGCGGCGAAUAAGCCAGCACCACCAAAAAAAUAUGACAACUCUAUUGCCAAGUUCAAAAACGAAUUGCAGGACUCGAGGCUGUUAAAGUUGUGGAGCAGACACAGAAGUUUGUGACUUUUGCCUCCACUUCUUAACUUUUCUAUUUAAUAUCCUCUUAAACUUUCUCAUUCUAUUAAAUUAUACCGGAGACGUCAAAUUUACAUCAAGUUUAAUACAGGUAAGCCUAUGCUUAGAAGUAAUUAAAGUAAAAAACAGAAUGAAAGGCGAGUUAUUUACAAUUAAUAAUGCAUUAUGCACCACACAUGGAUCGAUUCUUCCACAGCUUGUUGCCUUUAUCAAUAUCUGUAGAUCGAAAAGAACACCUAGUGAUCAGUAGCCUUUUGUAACUUACCUCUAGAUUAGCUACUCCAUGUUUACUAGAGCUUUAAAGUUUCUAGCUUAGAUUAUCCAGGUUAAAAAUUGUAACUUCAAGAAUGUAGACAAUAAGAGUUUCAGAUUUUACUAUUCACAAUUGUAUUGCAAUAACAAUACUAAUUAUAUGAUAGCCUUACAUAUAAAAAUUACACUUAUCAAGCAGAAAAAACUUCUGCUUUUCCUGGCCAUAAAAUAGCUCACGAGUGAUCACCUGCAAAGAAUUUGUGAUUUAAGUGUGCAAUAUACUUUUCAUUAUUUUCUCUUUUUAGAUGUUGAAUGGAAAAAAGCUUUAUUAAAGCAGUAUGCUUUUCAAAAGUGCCGAUAGGUGUUUUUAUGAGUGUUGUUUAUGUUGAAGACUGAUAUAAUUUUAUUGUUGAUUGAAUUUACAAAACUUUUAGAAUUAAAUAUAUUGUUUUAAAUCAAGCUCAAGCACUCUUUGUAAAAUAUUAAAUUGUUAUACUGUUCCAAUUCAAGAAAACUCACAUUCUUGUAAAUAAAUUAAAAUUUGCAGUAUUUGCACUAAGCAAAAUAUUGUUAAUAUUCAAAUCAGUUGUACUUGAUAAUAAACUUUUCUAGCUA